AUGCAGGGAGCCUGUGGCAGCAAUAAGGAGAGAUCCAGUAGUAGCGCCAUGGAUGCAGCAGCAGCAGCAGAUUCUUCAAAACCAUCUAUUAAGAAACAGGAAGCAGAACUAAAGGCAACAAGAGCCGAAAUGGCAGAAGUGAUGGAAGAGAACCGAAGGCUGAAGCUCUACUUGGAACAGAUAAUGAAGGAGUACAGAUCGCUCCAGACGAGAUUCCACGAGAUCAUGAAUAAUAAUCAACAGGACCAUGAUCCUCAUCAACAGCAGCAGCAGUCCAAGAAGUCAGCAGAUUCCGUGGACAAUGAAUCAGAUCAUGAUGCCAAGGGUGACAACGAAGACGACGACGACGAGCACGACCUCGUCUCCCUCAGCCUGGGAAGAUCUCCGAGCCGCGAGCUGAAAAGGACCAGCAGUGCCAACGUGGACGUCGUCAAGCUGGAGUCGUGCCUCUCUCUCACGCUGGACUACUGCAGGUUCCAAGGGAUGGGAUCGAGCGGCUUUGAGGGUCGUCAGGGGAAGGAAGAAUUGGGUGCAGCUGGCGGCCGCGGAGAGGCGGCUCGUGAUUGCUCGCCUGCGAAAGCUGGCGAUGGUGCUAAUAAUAAUAAGACGGCGAGGAAUGGAGAUGAAGAACAGCAUCAGAAUCCGGCUAAGAAGGCUCGAGUGUCCGUCAGAGCUAGAUGCGAUACCCCUACGAUGAAUGAUGGUUGCCAAUGGAGGAAAUACGGCCAAAAGAUAGCCAAAGGGAACCCAUGCCCUAGAGCUUACUACCGUUGCACCGUCGGACCCUCUUGCCCUGUCAGGAAGCAGGUCCAAAGAUGUGCCGACGACAUGUCCAUCCUCAUCACAACCUACGAAGGAAACCACAACCACCCACUCCCGAUGUCCGCCACAACCAUGGCCUCCACCACCUCCGCCGCCGCCUCCAUGCUCCUCUCCGGCUCCUCCUCCUCCUCAUCCACCGCCGCCGUCCCCGGAAACCUCCACGGGCUCAACAUGUACGUCUCCGACAACAACAACAACAUGAACUCAAUAUCAUCAAGACCACCCUUCUACUUCAGUAACAACAACAACAACAACUCCCCAUAUUCACCAUCACCAUCCUACCCUACAAUAACCCUCGACCUCACCUCCACCAACAACAACAACAUCUUGAACACGUCAUCAUCACCACCUCACUCCUCCUCGUCUCACUCAAACUACGCCAGAUUCUCCUCCAGAUUCGCCCCCGCCAGCAGCCUCAACUUCGGCGCCGCGUCAGAGCCCGCCACGUGGGGGUUGCAUAACGGCGCUGGGAUACUCAACUACGGCAUCGGCAACGUGGGCCGUAGUGGUAAUGCGGCCCAUUACCGGAUGUCCGGCCCAGCGGCGGGCCCAAGCAGCUCCUCUUCUCAUCAUAAUCAGUCCAUGUUGGCGGAUAGCACGAUGGUGGCCGCCGCGACCAAGGCGAUCACCGCCGACCCUAGUUUCCAGUCGGCCCUCGCCGCAGCCCUCACUUCCAUCAUCGGUAAGAACAACAAUAGUAGUGGUAAGGUCGUGACGUCAUCGUCACGGGGAGGUGGAGAUCAGCCGAGCUACUUGAUGAACGUGAAAGCUAGUGGUGAUGCGAAUACGGCGCCGUCUUCGACGACGUCGCUGUCGAGAACGGGUUCGUUGUCUCAUCACGGUCAGUCGGCGGCGGGGAGCGGCCUCGUGUUUCAGGCUCCUUCUUCUUCUUCGUCUUCAUCUUCGCCGCAUUCUUAUUCUAUGCCGGCGUUUACUGCGGCGGCGAGGGACGCCUCCACUUCUCCGAGUGAAGACAACUAA